AUGUUGAACCAGGCUGAUGACCACAUCCCCAUGAGUGACCCUGUCCAAGCCAGGGCCUGCCAGGAGCAGCCUCCCAAGUUGCGGAAGGGUGUACCUGCGGCUGAUACUCCUGUGAUUGGAUACCUGGAAGAUUACUACCAUUUUUAUCAUAGCAAAACCUUUAAAAGAUCAACAUUGAGUAGUAGAGGCCCUCACACCUUCCUCAGAAUGGACCCCCAGGUGAAAUGGCUCCAGCAGCAGGAAGUGAAGCGCAGGGUGAAGAGGCAGGUGUGGCGCGACCCACAGGCCCUUUAUUUCAACGACCCCAUUUGGUCCAACAUGUGGUACAUGCAUUGUGGAGACAAGAGCAGUCGGUGCCGAUCGGAAAUGAACAUCCAGGCAGCAUGGAAGAGGGGCUACACAGGGAAAAACGUGGUGGUCACCAUCCUGGAUGACGGCAUAGAGAGGAAUCACCCCGACCUGGCCCCAAAUUAUGACCCCUAUGCCAGCUAUGAUGUCAAUGGGAAUGAUUACGACCCGUCCCCGCGAUACGACGCCAGCAAUGAGAACAAACAUGGCACUCGCUGUGCAGGAGAAGUGGCCGCUUCAGCCAACAACUCCUACUGCAUCGUGGGCAUAGCGUACAACGCAAAAAUCGGAGGCAUCCGCAUGCUGGACGGCGACGUCACAGAUGUGGUGGAGGCAAAGUCGCUGGGCAUCAGACCCAACUACAUCGACAUUUACAGUGCCAGCUGGGGGCCGGACGACGACGGCAAGACAGUGGACGGGCCUGGCCGACUGGCUAAGCAGGCCUUCGAGUAUGGCAUCAAAAAGGGCCGGCAGGGCCUGGGCUCCAUUUUUGUCUGGGCGUCUGGGAACGGCGGGAGGGACGGGGACCACUGCUCCUGUGACGGCUACACCAACAGCAUCUACACCAUCUCCGUGAGCAGCACCACCGAGAAUGGCUACAAGCCCUGGUACCUGGAAGAGUGCGCCUCCACCCUGGCCACAACCUACAGCAGCGGGGCCUUUUAUGAGCGGAAAAUUGUCACCACGGAUCUGCGGCAGCGCUGUACCGAUGGCCACACUGGCACCUCAGUCUCGGCCCCCAUGGUGGCCGGCGUCAUUGCCUUGGCGCUAGAAGCAAACAGCCAGCUAACCUGGAGGGACGUGCAGCACCUGCUAGUGAAGACAUCCCGGCCGGCUCACCUGAAAGCGAGCGACUGGAAGAUCAACGGUGCUGGUUAUAAAGUUAGCCAUUUCUAUGGAUUUGGCUUGGUGGAUGCGGAAGCCCUGGUGGUGGAGGCGAAGAAGUGGACAGCAGUGCCGUCCCAGCACACGUGCAUGGCCGUGGUCGACAAGAGGCCCAGGAGCAUCCCUAUAGUGCAGGUGCUGCGGAUCACGGCCCUGACCAACUCUUGCGCGGACCACUCAGACCAGCGGGUUGUCUACCUGGAACACGUGGUGGCACGCAUCUCCAUCUCUCACCCGCGCCGAGGAGACCUCCAGAUCUACCUAAUUUCUCCCUCGGGGACCAAGUCUCAACUUUUGGCAAAGAGAUUGCUGGAUCUUUCCAAUGAAGGGUUUACAAACUGGGAAUUCAUGACCGUCCACUGUUGGGGAGAAAAGGCUGAGGGGGAAUGGACCUUGGAAGUCCAAGACAUGCCAUCGCAGGUCCGCAACCCGGAGAAACAAGGGAAGCUGAAGGAAUGGAGCCUUGUUCUAUACGGCACGGCAGAGCACCCAUACCACACCUUCAGCUCCCAUCAGUCUCGCUCACGGAUGCUGGAGCUCUCAGCCCCAGAGUCAGAGCCACCCAAGUCUGCCCUGUCACCGUCCCAGCCCGAUGCUCCUGAGGAGGAAGACGAUUACACAGCUCCUUCCACCCAAGGCUCUACUAAUAUUUUACAGACCAGUGUGUGCCAUCCGGAGUGUGGUGACAAAGGCUGUGAUGGCCCCAAUGCGAACCAAUGCUUGAACUGCGUCCACUUCAGCCUGGGGAACGUCAAGACCAGCAGGAAGUGUGUGAGCAUGUGCCCCUUGGGCUACUUUGGGGACACAGCAGCAAGACGCUGUCGCCGGUGCCAUAGGGGCUGUGAGACCUGCUCAGGCAGGAGCCCCAUGCAGUGCCUGUCCUGCCGCCGCGGGUUCUAUCACCACCAGGAGAUGAACACCUGUGUGACCCUCUGUCCUGCCGGAUUUUACGCUGAUGAGAGUCAGAAAAAUUGCCUUAAAUGCCACCCGAGCUGUAAAAAGUGCCUGGAUGAACCCGAGAAAUGUACAGUCUGUAAAGAAGGAUUCAGCCUUGCAAGGGGCAGCUGCAUUCCUGACUGUGAACCAGGCACCUACUUCGACCCAGAGCUGAUCCAGUGUGGGGAAUGCCAUCACACCUGCCAGACCUGCAUGGGGCCUAGCAGAGAAGAAUGUAUUCACUGUGCCAAAAACUUCCACUUCCAAGACUGGAAAUGUGUGCCGGCCUGUGGUGAGGGGUUCUUCCCAGAGGAGAUGCCCGGCUUGCCCCACAAAGUGUGUCGAAGGUGCGACGAGAGCUGCUUGAGCUGCGAAGUUUCCAGCAGGAACUGCAGCAGGUGUAAGGCAGGCUUCACGCAGCUGGGGACCUCCUGUAUCACCAACCACACGUGCAGCGACGCUGAUGAGACGUUCUGUGAGAUGGUGAAGUCCAACCGGCUCUGCGAGCGAAAGCUCUUCAUCCAGUUCUGCUGCCGCACGUGCCUCCUGGCCGGCUAGGGCGCCCAGCUGCCCGCGGAGGGCAGGACCCCUCCUGUCCACCCGCCAGUCCGUCCACCUGCCCCAGACUGUUGGCCAGAGCCUGUAGCGGGGCGGUGCCUGCGUCUGACAGCCCUAUCUCCCCAGGAGCGAGGUCUUCCCACAGCAUCUCUGGGCACCCAAACCAGGUGAUAUCCUCAAGGAGGUGUCCCUAAAACAGUGAUAUCCUCCCAAAUUCUGCUUGCUGCCUACAGUCUUCUGGCAAACUCAAGACAGGAACAAAAUGACUUCUGGAAACCCACAGCUCCAGCUUCGGAGCAGCUUCUGGGACUACAGGUUUACUGAAUCUUCAAGACCAAAGCAGAAAGGAAAGCCACUCAGCAUGACACGUCACUCUUCUCCCCGAGCUUUUGUGCAGCUCUGUGCUAAAUCUCAGUGGGCCCGGCCAGCACAACCCCGGGCCAUCCUCACACAUGACGAGGGCACGAGCAGCCUGCCUGUUCAUCGCCUGCCACCAAGCAGUCUGGGGGACAGUUUGGUCAGACUGUAAAUAAAAUAGGUUUGGGGCAUAAAAUGUAUGACCACUGGGGAUGGAGUAUCUCUCUCUACAUAGUCAGCUGCUCUGAAGCUGUGGCAGUGGCUUAGAAAGUCAAAUUCCAAACCCGAUUAGAAGAUUCUUCCUUCCUAGGCAGUGCUCGCCCUUGAGGGAGCCAAGCUCUCGUUACUGUGUUCUGUCUGUGUCUCUAGGAGUCUUGUGGGCCAAACAGCCCCCUCUAUCUGACACAGAGCCUUCUGAGGAGGGGCCAGAGGAGGCAACCCAGGGCCAGGCAAAAGGUGCCCCACAACCAAGCAAUUCCUUCUAAAAAAAAUGUAAACUCAGCCCUUGAAUUGUUAAUGGGAUAUCCUUCAGUUCCCAUUGUGUGGAAUUGCUUUUAAAAUUCAUUUGGCCUCUGAUCUUUGGAAGACUUGUUCUUAAGGUGGAGACUCCUGUGUCUGUGUAUAUUAUGAGCCUACAGGACACAGCUGGAUUUAUUUCUGCCAAACCUGUGUAGGCAUUUUAUAAGCUACAUGUUCUAAUUUUUACCAAUGUUAAUUAUUUUGACAAAUAUUUCAUAUAUUUUCAUUGAAAUGCACAGAUCUGCUUGAUCAAUUCCCUUUAAUAUGGGAGUGAUAUUUGCCUUAAAUUUUUUCAACCUCGUCUUUCCCCAUGUUGUCCUGCUCCUCUCUUUGACUAUAACAUAGCACUGGCCUGGUCACCUGUGAGCUGGACAGAACCCAGCUGUUGUUUAUUGAAUCCACAACUCCAAAAAGAAAUCAACAAAGCAAAUACAAUUAAAUAAAUUAAUAAAAGAGUUAACAUCUCAUGGCAAAGGAGGUUGUAUUUCUUUCCAAGGCACACAAAAAAAUUAAACCUGGGUGCUGACUGA